AUGCAGAAGCUUAACAGUCGCUAUAUAUGGGCCAGUAUCUGUCUCUUCGGCACAUUUCUUUCAACUAUAGCUGCUGUCAUUGUUUUAUCUCUGAUUCCUGUGUAUUUACUUGAACAUAGUUCCUCCGAUGGCGGUAGUCCAGAUGCUGUGCCGUCACCAAAAGUGAUGUUUUCGUUUGCAAGUGAUCUUUCGCCGACAGAUGCAGCUAUAUUUGAUAGUUCCACUGUGGUCAAUACGAAUACCAUUUCAAGACAGCUUGAAUCCACCUUUCAGCUACCAACUAAAUCAUUAGACGUCUCGUCGAUUACACCGGUCAAUUUCAUGUCUGAUAAUAACAAUAAUCGCCGACGUCGAGCAAUCAGUAAAUCUACUGCCGUUGGUAGCAGUAUUGACCUCGUUAUACAAAUAACAAUCAACUAUCUGAUCUGCCGAAUCAAUGAUUGUAAAAUCCAUUUACACAACAGGAUCAUCCAGGUAAUCAAUAGUCAUCGACAAAAGACAUUCACUGUCCAUUUGUUGUUCAAUAAUGGUGUUCGAUUGGUAAGUUCUGUUGCAACAUGUACGGCUCAAUCGAUGAUAGCGACAGGACCAUCAAAAUACUCCAGAUUGAGAGGAAAAUCAUGUAUUAAUUCUGAUGUAGAUAUAUGCUCAAACGGUCGGUUACCGAACCUUUAUGAUGCAAGCAUUCAAGACUUGCAAAACGGACUUGCCAAGGGAUAUUUCACAUCUAAAGAUCUAGUUGAAGCUUACAUUGCACGAAUCAAUGAAGUCAAUUUGAAAGGACCAGCUUUACGAGCAGUAAUUGAAAUAUCACUUGUCGCAUUGGACGCAGCUCGUAUUUCGGAUGCCAUGCGCACGAAUGGGAGCAUUCUAUCACCGCUACAUGGCAUACCAAUCUUAAUAAAAGAUAACAUCGCGACUCGUCCCGAAGAUGGUAUGAACACAACAGCAGGAUCGUUUGCACUUCUUGGUAGUAUUACUGCAGGUGAUGCAACCGUUGCACGAAAAUUACGUGACGCCGGUGCCAUUCUGCUUGGUAAAACAUCCCUUAGUGAAUGGGCAAAUUUUCGUGGUUCAGACGUACCUAAUGGAUGGUCUGCUCGUGGUGGCCAAGCGACGAGCGCAUUCUAUCCACAAGGAGAUGCUUGUGGAUCUUCUACCGGAAGUGGUAUAGCUGCUUCGAUUGGACUUGCGGCUGGAACAUUAGGAACAGAAACUGAUGGCAGUAUUGUAUGUCCUAGCAGUCGGAAUAAUCUGGUUGGAAUUAAACCAACAGUUGGUUUAACUUCGCGACAUCUUGUCAUUCCACUUUCACAGGCUCAGGAUACAAUUGGUCCUAUGUGUCAAUCUGUAGCCGAUGCUGCUGCCAUUCUGAACAUUAUUGCUGGACGAGACAAUAACGAUAACUAUACAUUCACUCAAAAUGAAACUGUUCCUGAUUAUACUCAACAUUUAAUCAAAGAUGGCUUAAAGCAAGCUAAGAUUGGUGUACUUCGUGGAUUAUUUACCAAUGCAACCGCCAGUGAAUAUCCCGAAUACGUUAUAUCAGAAUUCAACAGAACAAUCAAAGACAUUUUUGCAAAACUCGGUGCAAUUAUAAUUGAUCCAGUUUUGGAGAAGCCUGAGACAAUGCUUUCUUCGGAUGAUGAAUUCACUGUAAUAUUGUUCGAUUUCAAAUAUGAAAUUAAUCGUUAUCUCUCGCAAUUGAAAAACAACAACACAGUGCCGAGAACUUUACAAGAGCUGAUCGAUUACAAUAAUAAGAAUGCAGACGUUGAGCUACCACCUGGACGCAACAGUCAAGAUUUGUUUCAUCGCGCACAAAAUACGACCGAUCUUACAGAUUCGAAAUAUACAAAUGCUAAAACCAAUAUUAGCCGCGUGAAAGCCGAUGCAAUCGAUGCAAUUUUCAAGAAAUAUAAUCUUGACGCUCUCAUUGCUCCAACUGAAGGUCGUUCCAGUCAAAUCGCUGCCAUCGUGGGUUAUCCUAUGAUAACCGUUCCACUUGGAUUUCUAGCCGAUACCGAAGUGAAAACAAACGUAAAUACGACUUUAUUUCAGUUACCUAUAUAUCCGGCACCUAAUAUUCCAUUUGGAUUAGCUUUUAUUGGACAAGCUUAUAGUGAAAGUAGACUAAUUGAAUUAGCUUAUAGUUAUGAACAGGCAACGCAGUAUCGUCACAAAAGCAAGCCUUUCGAAGCUGCUAUUCCCAAAACACAACUCUCAGAUAUUCUUUGUCGAAAAUAG